AUGGCGGUUCCGCUAAGAUCUCUGCUGUAUUUCUUGCUUCUCAAUAUAUUAAUCUCCCACAUUUCAGUGGAGGUAUCCGCCGCAUCGAUAAUGAUAUAUAACAAAUGCCAGUUCCCAGUGUGGCCGGGGAUUCUCUCCAGCUCCGGCGGAUUAUUAGCAAAAGGCGGCUUCAAGCUCGCUCCCAAAACAGCGUACACCCUCCGACUCCCACCCCUCUGGUCCGGCCGCGUCUGGGGCCGUUCCGGCUGCCACUUCGAUAAAACCGGCAGAGGAAUGUGCGACACCGGAGACUGCGGAGGUUCUCUCUUUUGCAACGGCCUCGGCGGCGAACCUCCGGCAACUCUCGCCGAGUUCACUAUCGGUCAAAACCAAGAUUUCUACGACGUCAGCCUUGUCGACGGCUACAACUUACCCAUGCAAAUCAUCCCAUACAAAGGAACUGGAAAGUGUCCGCUGGUGGGUUGUUUAAGUGACCUGAACUUGAAGUGUCCGGCGGCGUUGCAGGUCCGGUCAGUUUACAACAAACGGGUGGUGGGGUGUAAAAGUGCUUGUGCAGUUUUUAACUCGCCGGAAUAUUGUUGUACCGGCAGUUUUGGUAGCCCAGAAACUUGCAAACCGACGUCGUUUUCGAAAAUCUUCAAGUCGGCUUGCCCUACGGCUUACUCCUAUGCUUAUGAUGAUCCGACCAGUAUUGCUACCUGCACUCACUCUAACUAUUUGAUCACCUUCUGCCCUAAUAAUCGUCGCCCCCGCUAG